GGCGACCGUUCCACACUUAAUGGAAGGCUAUCACCUUCCAUUCCACCUGUCAGAUGUACGGAGUAUUUGUAAGCGAAUACUAAAAAUGUGCCCUUGCUUAGGAAAUUGUAUGUAUUCUAUGUCUUCUAUGUUGGAAUAAACGGCGCACAUCUCCAUCGCUCACUCCACUGAGUAGCCUUCCAUUCCAGUCUAGGUGAAGGCUACCAUUCACAUACCCGUCGCCCUGAUUGGGAAGGCUAUCGGCUACAUCAAUAGAGUGUGUGCUCGAGAAGAGGGUUCCUCGGAAUAUAAUAAUGUUAGGGAAUUCACUAAUCAAUGUUUCUACUAAUUCUACCAUGUUGCGUAUACUUCCCAGUAGACCAAAUGGUCAGGUGAAUUUCUUGCCACCCUUAAGAACUCCAGCAAUGCCCAAAAGCAGAGUCUCUAGCGUAAUGGCAAUGUCUGCAGAAACGGGUCAUAGUCAGGAGCAGAUACAAGAACAGUCUGGGCCCACUACUGAACGCAAAAAUAUAUUCUCUGUUGUUUUGGAUGUGCCAAGGAACAUCUGGAGGCAGACGCUUCGGCCUUUGGGUGAUUUCGGAUUUGGGAGAAGGAGCAUUUGGGAAGGAGGGGUAGGGUUGUUUCUGGUUUCUGGUGCGGUUUUGUUGGCACUUAGCUUGGCCUGGUUGAGAGGGUUUCAACUGCGCUCAAAAUUUAGGAAAUAUAUGGCUGUUUUUGAGUUUGAGCAUGCUUCCGGCAUCUGUACAGGCACACCUGUCAGGAUUAGAGGGGUGAAUGUUGGCAAUGUCAUUCGGGUUAACCCAUCUCUGAGAAACAUUGAAGCUGUGGUCGAGGUCGAAGAUGACAAGAUAAUUGUACCUCGGAAUUCAACAGUUGAGGUGAACCAGUCUGGCCUUCUCAUGGAAACCGUGAUUGAUAUCACUCCUAAAGACCCAAUUCCAACUCCUACAGUAGGACCUCUUGAUCAAGAUUGUUUAAGAGAAGGUUUAAUUGUGUGUGACAGACAAAAGAUAAAGGGAAAACAAGGGGUGAGUUUAGAUGCAUUGGUUGGUAUAUUCACCCGCAUUGGUCGUGAAGUGGAAGAAAUUGGUGUUGCAAAUACAUUCUCCCUGGCUGAAAGAGUUGCAUAUGCCAUUGAGGAGGCUCGUCCUUUGCUUGCCAAGGGACAACCUGGUGCACAUCGGCGUCCCUGCAAAGCGACAGUUCGGGAAAGGGUCUUACCAUGAUAGAACUCACGCAGCGAUACCCCAGAUCAAAGCCAUGGCUGAAGACGUUCAGCCUAUGUUGAAUGAAGUUCGCAAUAGUGGCUUAUUGAGUGAAGUUGAGAGUUUGACAAAAAGCUUGACGCAAGCUUCAGAAGACCUGAGAGACAUGCAUACCACGGUAAUGACCCCGGAGAAUACAGAACUAAUGAGGAAAUCUAUAUAUACAAUGGUUUUCACCUUGAAGAACAUUGAGCGUAUAAGCUCGGACGUUUUGGGAUUCACUGGUGACGAAGCCACCAGACGGAAUCUGAAAUUGCUCAUCAAGUCACUCAGCAGGCUAUUGUGAAACCCAAGAUGCUUACUGGCGACACUUGAUAUCCAAAUUGAUUGAAUGCAAACACCUUCUAUGAACUUGACUACAAUAUUAUCCAUCUGACAUGGAGCCUCGUUUGGACAUCUGUUGAAGGAGCAGUUUUGGGAUUUUUUUAGGUAGAGUAUGAUCUGUUUUACCAGUAACUGUAGGAGAUGAGCAUCCUCUUUUACUUAUUCCCAUCUCUGUGUUUUUCUCUGGAGCUUUUGUGAUUAUUCACGCAUUCUUGUAUUCAGAUUACUGGCUGGGAAUAUACAAAAUGGUUCAGAUAUUUUUGUUUCAAAUUUCUACUUUCUUUGGAUUUAUUGGGAUGAUGAAUGUGUUGUGAAC